AUGUCAUCACACCAACUUCCGGCAUGUGUGAUAGAUAACGGAACUGGAUAUACAAAACUCGGAUAUGCUGGAAACACGGAACCACAGUUCAUCAUUCCAUCUGCUAUUGCUGUGAAAGACAAGGUGGCUAGUUCAAAUGCGCAAGCUCUCCGCUGGAAUAAUCGGGUCGGUGGUGCUGGAAUAGAUGACCUGGACUUCUUCAUCGGCGAUGAAGCCUUGUCACCAGCCGCUUCGAACUAUACGGUCAAGUAUCCAAUUCGCCACGGUAUCGUCGAAGACUGGGAUUUGAUGGAGCGGUAUUGGGAGCAAUGCAUUUUCAAGUACCUUCGCGCAGAACCAGAAGAUCAUUUCUUCCUCCUGACUGAACCACCUCUCAACACACCAGAAAAUCGGGAAUAUACUGCGGAAAUUAUGUUCGAGUCGUUCAACGUCCCGGGGCUCUAUAUAGCUGUUCAGGCCGUUCUUGCAUUAACAGCCAGCUGGCAAUCGAGAGAAGCUAGUGACAGAAGUUUGACUGGAUUGGUCAUCGAUUCAGGAGACGGUGUGACCCAUUGUAUUCCAGUUGCGGAUGGAUAUGUCAUUGGCUCCUGCAUCAAACACAUUCCAAUCGCUGGUCGUGAUAUCACCUACUUCAUUCAAAAUCUGUUGAGAGAACGCGAGCACACUAUUCCUGCGGAACAGAGCUAUGAAGUUGCCAAAACUAUCAAAGAAAAGUUCUGCUACGUGUGUCCGGAUGUUAUGAAGGAAUUUGUGAAAUACGAUACAGAUUCCUCGAAAUGGCUUCGUACUUAUGACGGUAUCAACUCAAUCACCAAAAGACCAUUCAGCGUAGAUGUCGGAUACGAGCGUUUCCUAGGACCAGAAAUUUUCUUCCAUCCCGAGUUCUGCAAUCCUGAUUUCACUACUCCAAUAUCUGACACUAUCGAUACGCUGAUUCAACAGUGUCCAAUUGAUGUUCGUCGUGGUCUUUAUGAAAACAUUGUACUUUCUGGAGGAUCGACAAUGUUUAAGGAUUUCGCCAGGAAGUUGCAGCGUGAUGUCAAAAGACUGAGCGAUGCGAGACUUCAGAUGAGCGAAACACUGAGCGGAGGCAGAUUAAAGCCUAAACCGAUUGAUGUGCAAGUUAUUUCGCACAAAAUGCAGAGGUACGCUGUUUGGUUUGGAGGAUCUAUGCUUGCUUCUACUUCUGAAUUCUACCAAGUCUCACACAGCAAGGCUGAAUACAUGGAAAAAGGUCCAUCGAUUUGCCGUUACAAUCCAGUCUUUGGUGCUCUUACUUAA